GAUUAUAGCCACGCAGGCCUUUCCAAAGUACAAGACGACAUUGUCAUCAAUGUGUUUGAUGAGAUGUCCUUUCAAGUCAUUGAGAGCAAUUCUCUGAGAGGCUGCGGAAGCCAGGUGUUCUCUGGCAGACAGUGGCUGGGCUCGGUCACCUUACCCUUCAGAUCUCUGCUGCAGCAAUCCAAGGUGUAUGAGAAACUGACCAUCUGUACCCCACCGACUCUACUGGGCUACAUGUGGACAGGGGAGGACAUGAUCAAUGACCAGGGAAUAGAGAUACCCGCGAGAAGAGAUACCAGUUUCAUGAAUGUCUUCAUCACUUUGGAUCCAGCCAUCUCUCUGAGUGAUGACCAGACAGCAAAGUAUGGUGACCAGAAGCCCCUUUGGCUGUUUUCCACAGACGAGGAUGAGGACUUGCUGAACUUGACCUACGAGUAUGAGAAGCAGUGUAAGGUGGCAGCAGGCCGGGUGAAGAAGCGAGUCAUAACCACAGUGAUAAAUAGUGAGGGGAGGCUUGUCCUGGCACACCGGUUCUUCAAGCCACUUCCUCCACCACAGGAAGUUGUACUGGACACCCCCGACAAUAGCAUGUCUGUUCUAGAGAGGGUGGCAGCCUUCGUGUCCCUGAUUCCCACCUUGUCCUUCCCAUCUGACGUUGGUGACAGUGGGGAGAUGUGGCUCACCUCAGAGCAAUGCUUGGAGCUGGCUAUGGGAAACGAUGUCAGUUUGGCAGUUGUGCUGUGCAACUUCUUUCAUGACCUGACGGUAAAUGUGUGGCUUCUCCUGGGAACAUCGGUCAUAGAGGGAGAGACCGCCUAUGUCCUUACUCAGGAGAACACUUGGUUUGUGUUGUGGAACCCCAGAGAUGGGAAGCACUACCAGUCAUACGACUCCUUCUGUCCUCUAAAGACUGUCGACUGUCUGAUCAAUGGUGAAAAUGUGUGGUUCCAUCUCCAGCCAACAAGAAAGAUGCCCAUCACUUUCGACGUAUCAAAUAACGCCACAUGGAAACCCUUAUUCCCCAAAGGAUUCAACUCUGACUCAUCCUCAAUGCCAACAGAAAUUAAAUACCGUCCCACUCAAAUAGAUCUGGUCAAUCACCUUCAAAGAAGGUAUGUUAAAAUGGAUUCUAUAUUUAAGGCUAUGCAUUGCUUUCAGAGACUGAAAUGCAGGACAAUUUCAUUUAUGGUCUUGUCUGUCCCAUCCAUGAAUUUCAUUCUUCACAGGAUGGAGAUGAAACUGAAAAGUUGUGUGAUGGACUGGAGAAGCCCCCACCCUACACGUUGGAGCCCCCGCUGUGCAGCCAUGCUCUCAGAGGUCACGCAGAAGCUUGAGAGGAACCCAGCCUCUGACACAAUAGCGCUAGAGCUAGACAGGCUGCUGGACACCAUGAAGGAUUACAAGGUGACUGGCUUCCCCAUUCAUAUGGCCUACCAAGACAUGAGCACAGUGAUCGAGGCGGUCUACAACACCAGAAUCCACAGCACUGAGAUCCCUGGGACAGAGUUUGCUCUCUCCACCUACAUCCACCCAUACCCCAACCACAUCCUGUCGGUGUGGAUAUUCCUGGCAACGCUGGUCAAACACCAGCACGGCGUGUUCAAUGUUCCUUCAGUACACUGAUACAUCCUGGUUGUGUUCAUUAGGCACCAAAUGGAAGGAAACUGACAAACGGGGAGGGACUACCUGGAACCCUUUUUAGAUUUGAGGGUUUUUUUGCACGCCCGUAUGAACAAAAUCUCAGCCUUUCGGGGUCAGCUUUUCCUAGACGUUUUUCUACUGUGGGAAAGGAAUGCAGAAUGAUUCAGACCAAUUGAUUGAAUCCACAAACUUGUACAUGGUAAAUUAAUGGAAAUACUCGACAAUAAAAAUUGUUCAUAAAUAUGCCGGCAACAAGAACCUAUAUUUGUUAAACCCUUGAUUAGCACAUAUCCGGUAUGUUUUCAAGUUCACAAUAUGGUUGGUGAAAUGUUUUAGGCAAUAUUUGUUGAUGUAUGUAUAAAGCCUUAUAGGCCAAUUGAUAGACAUACUACUGGCAUUAGCCGUAUGCCAAUAAUAUGAUGCAUUAUUCAAAAUAAACCAGAAGCACAA